AUGGGGAACUCCAACUCGGCCGCGCUCGAAAGCCCCUUGCAGGAGCCUCAAGGAUCCAUGAAAGCUCUCGACGGCAGCAGCAUCGCGAAACGACCGACAACUCUCCGCGUCAAAGCAUCGUCGCUUCGAACUCGCGCCACAGUGACGGACCUAGAGACCAACAGCACGAUCGGCCUCUUCAAGGGCAAAAUGUUCAGCUCCCGCGUCGUGUUGGAGACGCCCCAAGGGCAGAUCAUCGCUUCCAUCUCGAACAAAACAUUCUCCAGCAAGUACCGCGUGUUCCGAUGGGACAAGACGGACGAUCCGAGUUUCAUGAUCCAGGACGCCAGCGGCUUCUUCAAGACGAUGGUGCUGAUCGCUGAAUUCACCGACACAGAGACUGGAACUCCGUACGUGAAGGUGUCGCUCAAGCGAUGGGGAGCUGACGUGCUCAAGGCGCUGAGGAAGGCUAACCCAGACAUCAGCUGUCCGGUGCGGCUAAUGCAGCUCUUCACCGCCAUCAAGGACGGACGCUGGCUGGCAGAUGACGGCAACGUCGCGCUGCAACUGAGACGCGGAGAGUGCACUGACGAAGUCAACGAGAUGUUGACGGGCCCAGCGGAGAAAGACCAAAUCCACUUGUUGGUCACGGUGCCACGCUAUCAGAUUUUCGACCGAAAAGUGGUUGCAGUUGACUGUGGCGCUCGAUGGCGCGAGAGCUCGUCGAUGGCUCCCAGCAGCGAGUUCAAGGCCAGUCUCACAAAGACGUACAGCUGCGAUAUGGGGGACGGGAAGCUGCGUUGCAUGCUGCUCAACGAGGUGUUCCCGUCGGAGUUGGUUGUUGCCUUCCACUUGUUUCAUCGAAAUAAGCAGGACAUUCUGCAGAAGUUCAUGAGCUUCGACGACGUUGACGAUGUGGGGAACGGCCUAGUGCUGUUCAGGCCGCUGAUAAAUAUGUUCGACGAGUAUAAAGUCAGUUUUAUCUACGACGAGGCCAGCGACCAAUUCCGGUUGAAAGUAUUCGACAAGUCGUUGCUGGGAGAACGAUUGUUUAGCAAACUGAGCUCCGAGGAGCGGGAGGUUCUGCUUGGAGGCAACAAGUUGCCGCAUAACUGGGAAGAAGGAGGUGAGUGGGUCGUUCCAGGAAUGGGAUUCAAUAUUCAGACAACGUUUAAAGGCGUGGACGGUCGAGCGCUUUCCUUUGGAGCCACUUUGCAGCGUCCGUACAAGCGCUGCCUAUGCUUGCAAGCCCAUGUAGCGAGAAAAAUCGCCGUGAAAAUGGAGUGGAUUCAGCCCGAGGAGGGCGCAUUUGAGGACUUCCGAGAGGAAGGAAUGUCCUUGACUGAAAAGAUGCCCGUCUUUCAUGCGAGUCAACGCUAA